UUCCAGACACGCAUUUGUGAUUUAACGGCAGUGUACCGCAGUUCAAGCUAUAUCCGGUGCUGUUCGAAGUGCUAAAUUUACAUUACCCUUUUGCUUCUGUGCAUUUAAUUAGCGACGUAACGUGACGCCAAAAAUGGUGACCACUUCGAGUGUUCUUGGUAGCACCAGCGCCGUCCUGGUGUCGCUGUUCAUACUGCGGAAAGUGUUUCCAUGGAUUUAUCAAAACCUUAUCGGACCUAAGGUUUUCGGGUGCCGCAUCAAUCUGAAAAAGACCGGCGAAUGGGCUCUCAUCACUGGUGCAACCGACGGCAUCGGCAAGGCGUACGCCCAGGCGCUCGCUCGGAAGGGCCUUAAUGUUAUUCUGGUUAGCCGGACGCUAUCAAAGCUACAAGAUGUUGCCAAAGAAAUCGAAACGGAAUUCAAAGUACGCACUAUGGUUAUUGCUGCAGAUUUCACGGGUGGGGCGGAGAUUUACGAGCAGAUAAAAAGCCAGAUUGAAAAUCUAGAGAUCGGCGUCCUGGUGAACAACGUCGGCAUGAGUUACGCGAAUCCGGAGUAUCUAUUGGAAUUGCCUGAUUACGAGAAACUGAUCCAAAAUAUGCUCAGCUGCAAUAUAUUGUCCGUGACACGUAUGUGCCAAAUGGUUAUGCCCGGUAUGGUGAAGCGGCACGCUGGAGUCGUGAUCAAUAUUUCAUCCCUUUCUGCCGUGAUACCGGCUCCUUUGCUGACAGUGUAUUCAGCAUCAAAGGCAUAUAUGGACAAAUUUUCGGAAGAUUUGGCAUCGGAGAAUGCGAAGCAUAACAUUGUAGUACAGUCGGUGUUACCUGGGCCGGUGGCUACCAAUAUGUCGAAGAUUCGUAAAAGUACCUGGAUGGCAUGCUCACCAAGAGUUUUCGUCGCCAGUGCCAUCAGCACGCUAGGACACACUCGUCAAACAACAGGCUACUUGCCACAUGCUCUUCUUGAGCUAACGAUCAAUAUGAUUCGCUUUGUUUCUCCACGAUUGAUGGAAAAGAUCACUCUCAAUACAAUGCAAAAUAUUCGCGCUAGAGCAAUGAAGAAAUCGUCUGCACGGCCAACCGCCACCGUUGGUGAAACUACAGAAUUAAGCUCGCCUUCCGCGUCUUCGUAAAAAACAAAAAAUUGAUAUAGUUUUGUUCUUUAAUGCUUUCUCGGAAGUAGCAGAAUUAAGCAUUUCUUGCUCAACCAAAACACAUACGUGUAGAUGAUUCUAAAUGAGCUAUACUUGUAGGCGAGUAAUCGGAUCAGGUCUGUUAGGCGUUUACGUUUGUCUACGGGAUGGGGUUAAUGAUCGAUGCAACAAAUGACAGAAUAAACUGGUACAGAAUGCGCUUUUUGGUUAGCCUCCUAGUCGAUGUAGCGGAAGAUACUAUGAUCAAAUUCCACGAGGUUAAUACAUAAUUUAUUUUGCUUUUUCGAUACUAGCUCCAUAAGACUAAGAGUAAACAAGGGUUAUUCUGAAUUCUAUAUAAAGUUGAUUGAAACUGUAAGAGUAAUUUGUAGAUGAAAUAAAUUUGAUUCCAUUAAACUAUGUAGUAUUUUAGCGUUCUUAUCGUAAUAACUGUACAGGUAUUACUGAUGCACAUGGGGCUACUGAGAGCAAUGCUAAAAGCAGAAAUAUUUUGGAAUAUACUAUUAAAUGCAAGAACAUAUUUCUGUUGACGAAACAACUAAGUUAAUGAUAUGCUCAAUCGGAAUAUCUAAUGCUGAACUUAUUUUAGCUUUCAUCCGUUAGCACUAUUGACGCCGGUAAUGACUUGUAAUUAAUUAGGUUCGCUUAUGCAACUAGUCCAAAGAAAGG